CUGCUGGGUAAGGGGACUUUCCUUUUUGAGGGGCGGCCUUUUUUGAGCGGCUGCCAGUUUUCCCCGUCGUCGUUUCUCUCUCCAUGGCGCUUUCCUCCUCCUCCAUCCUGCCUCUCCUUUUUUUUUUCCUCUAUGCCAUUGUCCCCUGCGCGACUGUCUCCUCACAGCGCGCCUGCAUUCCUCCCACCCAAGCAAAGCAAGUCGUCGGUUUGCAUUCACAUCGCAUCACCGACCACCACAAAGGCGGCUUUUUUUACUUUCUUUUUGGAUUGCCUUUUUUCCCCCAGUCAACGGCGUCUCCUCCCGCCCUUGUGUCCCUUGUUUGCCGCGCUCGUGGCUUGCAGCGCCCACACGAGUCCGCGCUUCUGCCUCAAGCUGCCCAGCAUCGUCAAUCAGCCACGACGUAUUAUCUUUCCUGUUCUUUCUAAUUCUAUCAACGUGAAGUGGCUGAACGUUGACUGAACGUUACCUCCGAUACCGAAAUAAUUCCUGCCGACAAUUAUCCCGGCGGGCUUUACCGGCUUGCGCACCGGCUUGAUCGCAUACUUGUCGGUCUUUGAAAACGCGAUAGGGCAGAUAGUCAGCCAGACCCAACCUCAGGGAUCGAAGGCGUUUGGGAGGACCGCCCAGAGUCUCAACCUUGCCCACAACCGCGAUGGCGGCACAUCGCCCAUCUCCCCCGAUGUCGGUGCAAAUGCAUCACGGCCCAGGGGCGCCCAUCCCGCCUGGCUCUGUGCCCAACGGCGGCCCGUCCUUCAUAUCGCCGUCGCGUCGCAUGGCCGAGGCGACUGAAGGUGUUUGGAUGCAAAUAGGCAGCUUGUCGGAGCUCCUCGGUAACCUCGAGGAGGCCAUGAACGCCUACGAGCGCGCCCUCACGAUCAACCCGCAGUCGAUUCCGGCCAUGAACGCGAUGAGUCUCAUCUUGAGGACCAAGGAAGAGUUCCAGAAGGCUUGUGAAUUCCUGAACGCGAUCCUUAAGCUGGAUCCGCAGAAUGGCGAAGCUUGGGGGAGUCUUGGUCACUGCUAUUUGAUGAUUGAUGACCUCCAACAGGCCUAUAGCGCCUAUCAGAAUGCCCUCAUGAAUCUGCCAAAGCCAAGGGACCCCAAGCUUUGGUAUGGCAUCGGCAUCCUCUAUGACCGCUAUGGCUCGCUGGAUCAUGCUGAGGAGGCUUUCUCGUCGGUGAUGCAAAUGCAGCCUGACUUCGAGAAGGCCAACGAAAUCUACUUCCGGCUUGGCAUCAUCUACAAGCAGCAGUCCAAGUUCAACCAGAGUCUUGAGUGCUUCAAAUACAUUGUUCACUCACCGCCGCUCCCCCUCACGGAGGAGGAUAUCUGGUUCCAGAUCGGUCAUGUCCACGAACAACAGAAGGAUUACGACAACGCAAAGGCCGCGUACCUGCGCGUUCUUGAGCGUGAGCCCAAUCACGCCAAAGUCCUGCAGCAGCUCGGCUGGCUUCACCACAACCAAAGCAGUAGCUUCCAGAGCCAGGAGAGAGCAAUUGAAUAUCUCGAGAAAUCAGUCGCUGCUGAGGCCAAUGAUGCCCAGAGCUGGUACCUACUUGGAAGGUGCUACAUGUCGCAGCAAAAGUACCCCAAGGCAUACGAAGCGUAUCAGCAGGCUGUCUAUCGUGACGGUCGCAAUCCGACCUUCUGGUGCUCCAUUGGUGUGCUCUACUACCAGAUCAACCAGUACCGCGACGCUUUGGACGCAUACUCGCGUGCCAUCCGGCUUAACCCGUACAUCUCCGAGGUUUGGUACGAUCUCGGCACUUUGUACGAAUCGUGCAACAACCAAGUUAGCGAUGCCCUCGACGCCUACACGAGGGCGGCUGAUCUUGAUCCGAGCAACCCGCACAUCAAGGCUAGACUGCAGCUCCUGCGGACUGGUCAGAGCAACGGCUCUCAGCCGGUCAGCGCACCGAUCCCGACAGAUAUGCACCCGCAGUCCUACCAGGCCUCCGGGCCCCCUGGUCCGCAAUGGGGUGGUGCCUCGGGCCAUCCGCCGCCGCAGCAGCAAAACGGGCCUCCUCCGCUGAACGGGCCGGCCAACUGGCCUCGCUUGUCUGAUGUCAACCCGCCGCCGCAGCCCCCGAAUCCUUACGAGCAACAGCGGGGAGAGCCCUUUCGUGGCCCCCCGCCGCCUCGGCAGCCCAGCCCCCGACAGGAGCAGCCCCCCAUGAGACACUACCCCCCUGAGCAGGGUCGCCAGGGUCCCGGUCCUGAACCUCCUCGCGGGCCGUCUCCUCCUCCGAGCCACUACUCGUUGCCUCCGGCGCCGCAACAACAGACGCAGCAGCAGUCUCAGCAACCGCCUCCCCAUCAGCCGCCACCGCCGCCUCAGCAGCGCCAGUCACAGCAGCAGCAACAGCAGCAGCAGGUUCUGGGCAUGAUCAGGAACCCCAACCACCAUAGCAUGCCCGAGAAUGGCAUCAACGGAGCCGCGCCUGCCCCUGCGGCCAUCAUCGGCUUCCACAGGACCAACAGCCCCAGAAACGACCAGCGUCCGGCGCACGACAACCGCAUGCCUUCGCCCAAGUCUGCUUAUCCCCAGCACCAGCCCCCUUAUCCCCCUCAUCCGGAUUCCGCGGGACCUAGCGGCGUGGACGGCGCGGGAAGACCCCCGCCACCUCCAUCAAUGGGCCCUGACCCGUCGAUGCAUCGCGACCACGACCGUCCCCCCUCUGUCGGCCCCAAAAGGAUGCGUGAAUGGGAAGACGAUGCUGCCUCGGCCAAGAAGCCCGCGUCUGAAGAGAACCGGGCCAGGCUCGACGACCUUCGCCACCGUCGACCGUCAACCCCGCCUCGAGAGCGGGACUCGUAUCGCCGCAACUCGUCCGAGGCGCGCAGGUUUGAGGACCAACGGCGCAUGGAGGAUCAACGGCGUGCCGAGGAUCAAAGAAGGGCGGACGAGAUGCGCCGCGUGGAUGAGCAGAGGCAUGCUAGCGAUACCUACCAUCCGUCCGAGGCCGCGCAUCACCCCCCUGCGCACGCGAUUCCUCCGAAUCACUUGCCCCCGAUGCAGCAAGGCCCGUCCCAGAUGCAAAACAUUAUGCACGACGGCCCUACAGCCGGCCCGGCGCCCAAGGAGUAUGGUCAAGAUGAGAGGCAGCAUGAGCGACCGCACGCCUCUGUGGCGCACCCUCCUGCCACCAACGAGCCCGAACGUGCAGCUAGGAAGAUGGACGUAGACGAGGACUAUGAUGACAGCGGCGAGGAUGAGAAGAAGAAUGGGAUCAUCCCAGGGACAGCGUCAGGCCCUAGCUCGGCAUCGGGCGAGAUGAAGUCGUCCACCGCUACUGCUGGGCUGAACGGCAUCAUGGGCCCCAAGGUUGAGAGCACCUAGAAUGAGAUUGUAUCCCGUUGUCUCCUUUGCGGACCUCGAUAUUUCUGGUUGAUUUUUCUUGCUGCGCUUUCUACUUCCCCUUCUUGAAUUUCUCACGGUCUCAUUCGUGGUCUAUUACCCAUUUCCCUAAAUCCCCUUUGACAAGGAGGCUGCCUGUACUUCAGCCUCAUUUCGUAUCCACCCGGAAUGGGCUCUAUCUGCUUGUGUACAAUCAAAAAGUUAUGGCUCUCGUGGCCUCUAUUCCCAUAUACUCUGCCUUAAAUCCCAAGAUUCAAAACCUAUGAUUGCUUUUCGCGGAUGUUUUUGGACAAUUUUAUAGGACUUGGUUCGCUCGAUGAGAGCCUUGUGAUGAUGGUUGGUUAUGGGGGUUAUUGAAGGCGUGCGGGUCGGUCAAGGGUCCGGAUUUGUCUUGCCAUAGGAAUUAGCACUUUGACUGAUUGACUAUAUCGAUGCCG